AUGUCGAAGAAGAAGAAUUUUUUUGUACGGGAGUACGGCAAGCACAAAGGGGCGACGGGGCUGCUUCUUGCCUGCAUGGUGAGUUUCAUUUUCUUUGUUAUCGGCACCCCGAUCGCUAUGCUUCAGCCGAAGUUGUCAUCCGGAACGUGCUACACUCUUUGGGGCACGCGGCCCUGCAACAGCCCCAACUACAACUGGCGUGUGAAUUGGGACACGUGCAAGGCCAGACGUCUGCGGUUCCAGUUUGGCGAGGCGUUCAGCAUUUGCGCAUUGUACUUUGCUGUAGUUGCCGGUAUUGGCAGCUGGUAUGUCCUCAGUGGGUCCAACAAGAAGUGGCUGACCGUGCUUGCUUCCGCGAUUAGUACCGUCUCGGGUUUGGUGACGUGGUCUAUGGUUGCUUCCAUUCACAACGUUAAGUUGUGUGGCAGUGACACUUACACAAGUGCGAACACAAAAUACGGCCCCGGCUUUGCCCUCUUUGUGACGGGCUUUGUUGUGCAGUUCUGUGGUCUUCUGGGCCUCAUUGUGCUCGAGUAG